CACCCCUCCUGUCUAAAGUUCUCACCAGAGCUCACUGUACGAGUCAAAGCUCUGUGGUGGCAGUGCAUCGAAUGCAAGACCUGCAGCAACUGUCAAGAUCAAGGCAAAAACGCGGUGAGUGUUUGUCUCUGUGUAUCUCUGUGUCAGCCAGUGUGCCUGCCUGUACUUCAGCUCAGUACGUAGGAAUCAGAUCUGUUGUUUUUCAACAAACAUAACUAUUUUAGACAGCUGCUGCAGAUAGUUAUCUCUUUCUCCUCAGACCUGCCAAGUACAGUUCUGGUUGGAGGGAAAUAUGCAAAUGGUGGAAAUGUCAACUAUGUAAACUUGACGGCAGGGAGUGACCAAACGUUUACUGAUGUCUGUGUGUGUGUGCGUGCAGGAGAACAUGUUGUUCUGUGACUCCUGUGACCGGGGUUUCCACAUGGAGUGCUGUGACCCCCCACUGAUGCGGAUGCCAAAAGGUAACCCCCGCUCCACUACUUCUCCUCUCUCCCUCUCCUACCCCUGACCCUCCUAAUGUACCCAAUAAAAUCCACUUAAACAUACACUGUCCUGGGAAAUACCUGCCUCUGUGCAGUAAAUGGAUCCACUGUACAUCUAAACGACUAUGGCCAUGAGGUAAUUGAGAACAAAUGACAAAGCUCCGAAGGACCACAAACCAAGAAGAGACCUCUUUCCCCCAGUGUAAUGAAAUGGAUCUUUAUUGUGGUUCUAAUGCUGGUGGUACUGUGUAGUGCAUGUCAGUGAAUGGUGGUAGAACUGAAGAAGCGAUUUCAGGCCAGCUAAGCUAAUACACUCCUCUGAUCUCUUCUGCUCUGAUCUGUUCUGUUCUGCUCUCCCACCAGGCAUGUGGAUCUGUCAGAUCUGUCAGCCCAGGAAAAAGGGAAGAAAGCUCUUGCAUGAAAAGGCAGCACAAAUCAAACGGCGCUACAACGCACCACUGGGACGACCCAAGAACAGGUUGGUAACAACAUGGAGAGAGCGGCUGCUUGGCAGCAUCGUCUGGGAGCUAGCAGCUCAGCACGGCACGGUGCUAGACCUGUAAAACACAGUGGGUCACUUCAGAUCAGCCCCACUAGAGUUUCACUGGCCAGUCAGACUAUUUCUAAUGACUACAGACUGUUUUUAAUGACUGCCUAUUAGGAUAAAAAUACCAGAGUUUCAUGCCAUAAAUUACGCUUCUUUGGAGCAUAGAAUCUAGCUAUAGAAUCUAGCUCUAAGGUGCAGGGUUAUGCUUAGAGGCUGCUGCCCAAUAUACAUAGACAUGGAAUCACUGGCCACUUUAAAAAUGGAACACUAGUCUCUCUAAUAAUGUUUACAUAUUUUUGCUUUACUCAUCUCAUAUGUAUAUACUGUAUUCUAUUCUACUGUAUUUUAGUCAAAGCCACUCUGACAUUCCUCAUCCUAAUAUUCCAUUCUUUUACUUUUAGGUUGUGUGUAUUGUUGUGAAUUGUUAGAUAUACUGCACUGUUGGAUUUAGAAACACAAGCAUUUCGCUACACCCUCAAUAACAUCUGCUAAACAUGUGUAUGUGACAAAUAACAUUUGAUUUGAUUUGAAACUCACUGAUCAACCAAAUGGAGCUGUUUAAUGUGGGGAGUGGGGGACCUAGCCUUGAUGUCUUUUGUUGACACUACUUGAUCAUUGGAAACACAAAUGCCAAUCUGUACAAACUAUUGUUAAUUUAUCUGUUUUGUUUUGGCUGUCUUCAGUGGCUCUUGUUGCUAUGUAAAUUGCUUCCAAAUAACCAGGCCUUAGUCUAUAUAGUGUGUUGCUAUUAGCUGGUGGGUGUCUGAAUAAUCCCAUCUCCCGUUGCAGACCGGGCAGGCCAUUCAAGAAGCUGCGAGGGCCGGGUGGGCGUGGCAGGCGGAAGGGGGGCCGUCGCUCGCAGGGCUCCUCCUCACCGCACUCGUCGUCCAGCUCGUCCUGCGAGGGUUACCCUGGCGACGACCGGCUGCUGUUCUCCCUACGAGAGGACUCGUCGGAGCAGGGCGGCCUUCGCUUCAACAAGAAGACCAAGGGCCUGAUUGACGCCCUCACAAAGUUCUUCACGCCCUCGCCCGACGGACGCAAGGCCCAGCACGAGGUGGACUAUUCCCAGCAAUACCGCAUCCGCAAGAAGGCCAUACGCAAGGGAGAGGGGGACGACAGGACAGGUGAGGAGGGUAGGCUGAAUAAUGCAUUGAAUACUGAGGGUGAACGAGAGGCUGUAGUGGCUGUAUUUGUAUCAGUCAAAAGCUGCACUUCAUACUAUGUCCUUCAGACAGACUCAACACCUGCAUAGUGGUUGUUGGUCUUUGAGAACUGGCCCACUGGCCACACAGUCAGAACCUUCAAAUGUGAAUGUACUGGCCCCUUUCUCUAAGUGUCCCACUGACUACUGUCCUCCUCUGUCUCUGUCCUCCACAGAUAAUCAGGACAGUAGUGACUGGCGUGAGGACGAGGACAAGCUGCCAGGACACGAGAACCUGACGGAGAAAGAUGUGGAACUCUUCAGACACAUCCAGGAGCUGGCACUACAGGUAACCACGAAGACUGAGACAAAGAAAGAAAGUGUUUGUCUCUGUGUGUGUGUGUGUGAGGGGGGCACUGUGGUUCAGUGCGUUGUCGGAGCAGAGCUGAUCUAUCUGUGUCUAUUCUGUUGCAAUCCCUCACUGGCACAGACAGAGCAGAGCUUCAGAUCACUGCCAUAUAUCACAGGAGAAACACUCUAUGCCAACGCUGGGUUUUAUUCUUGUCUUGACAUUUUGUCACUGAGUUUUCUCUAGUCUUGGUCAGUAGGAGAAUAGGAAAGGCUGGUGAAAAGUAGAGGUACAAGCACAGCGUUUGAUGGUUUCCUGUUGCCUUGUGGUUUGUUUACAAUUACAGUGUAGACUAGACACAUUGUUGAACUGCUUGUGUUCCUCUGAGAGUUGAUCCUCUCCUCUCACGGCAGUCAGUGAAAAAAAUUAAACUCAGAUCUGACUCUGUAGGCAGGGGUGAGGGGCCUUAGGUGUGUGUGUUUCGGAGUGUGUGGUUACCAGCGCAUGUCAACAGAACCCAAUGGCAGAUGCCUAGAGUUUCCACUCAAGACAGACCAGAGAGCUGAUAAUAAUCAUGUAAGCAGGCGUCAGGGUGCCAGCUGCACAGGAGCCGGUGUGUGUAUGUGUGCGCUUGUUUGUUUUACUGUGCCUGUGUGGGUGUGCCUUGGUGUGUGUAUGUCUUUCUGUCACUGAGUGUGUGUGUGUGUAUGGUGUGUUUGAGUGCCGGUGCGUGCCAGGCCUUAGUGUGUGUGUCGGGCAUACUGUGCUGGGUUAGGCAGGGGUCAGUCAGAGGCCCAGUAAUCCCUGGUGUGUAAUCUCAGUCUGAUCCAGGUUAUUUUCUUAAUUCCCUGUUGGAAAACAUGGCCUUCACUUAUACUGGAGCUACAAACCUGAACCCCCCUUCUCUUCUCUCGCUCUGUCUCUCUCUCUGUCUGUCUAUCUAUCUGUCUGUCUGUCUGUGUGCAGAAAGUGGGGGUGACCGGCCCUCCAGAUCCCCAAAUGCGCUGCCCGUCUGUCAUCGAGUUUGGCAAGUUUGAGAUCCAGACUUGGUACUCCUCUCCGUACCCACAAGAGUACAGCAGGUAAACAAACGCAAACAUUUCACACGCUCCACUCCGAGUCAGUCCACUGUUAGUUUAUGUUUGUAUAAUUUAUGUUAAUGAUUUAAAGUCAGUUUUGCUCUUGUCUGGUCCUCUUCAAUUUUCCUCAAUCUCCUCUCCCUGUCCCAGACUGCCUAAGCUCUACCUGUGUGAGUUCUGCCUGCGCUACAUGAAGAGUCGCAGCAUCCUCUUCCAGCACAUGAGAAAGUGUGCCUGGUUCCACCCUCCAGCCAAUGAGAUCUACAGGAAGGAUGGCGUCUCCGUGUUCGAGGUGAGACAGGCUGAGAGACAGAGGGAUACAAACAGAGAAAGUUGGAAAGAGAGAGAUAGAGAGAAGCAGACGGAGGCCACCGCCCUGCCACACCGCUCCUGCCACAUCCUGUGCUCAGUGUCAGUGUCACAAAGAAUCUCUGUGGACUGAAGGCUGAGAAUUGAGAACCACUGCACCAGUAAGCUACAUACUGUAAGCCUCAGAGGCUGCGUUUACACAGGCAGCCCAAUUCUGAUAUUUAUUUCACUAAUUGGACUUUUGACCAAUCAGAUCGGCACUGAAAAAUAACUGAUGUGAAAAGAUCUGAUGUGAUUGGUCAAAAGACCAAUUAGUGGAAAAAAGAUCAGAAUUGGGCUGCCUGUGUAAACGCAUCCUAAUUGAGGGGCAGUCCGUCUGUCUGGUAGGAUGGUGUCUGCAGCUCUGGUUUCACUGCCUCUGCAGCCCGUCCCGUCCUGACUCGUCCCUUCCUGUCCUCACUCAGCAGCAGAGUGGAAUAGCUGGGAUGUCUGGCUGUGUGCCAGGGAGCCUCUCUCUCUCCCAGCCAGGGACACCAGAGAUGCCAUGGCUCACAUCAUUGGCAUUAUGGUCUGAGACAACUCACCUCCUCCCAUAUCCCACAUGUGUCUGUCUCAUAGUUACUGAUUUUAAGGUUCGGAAACAGGCUGAAUGGUUCUGUCAAGACUGCCCUUUUGAACUUGGAUCAUUGUAGUCAAACUCAUGUGUAAUACUUGUAUUUGUUAUAUUCAAAUGCACGUUUGCCUCGGCAGCUUGGUGGUUGCUCUCUGUGCUCAUGACGUGUAAAUCAAAUUCCUUUCGGGUUUUCAUUCAUUUAAUUUAUUCAUGGUGUGUUUGUGUGUUGUUUUCACAGGUGGAUGGGAACGUGAGCACAAUCUACUGUCAGAACCUAUGUCUGUUGGCCAAGCUGUUCCUGGACCACAAGACUCUGUACUACGACGUGGAGCCCUUCCUCUUCUAUGUCCUCACACAGAACGACAGCAAGGGCUGCCACCUGGUGGGCUACUUCUCCAAGGUACAUCUAACCACCAAAUCAUCCAAAUUAACACAUCUGUAAAUAAGCACAUCCGGUUAAACCCUAAAGUUGCCUUUACGGACAGAUCUAGGAUCAGCUUACCCUCCCUAAAUCCUAACCUUAACCAUUAGCGUGGAAUUGCACAAAGCUGUCUUUAGAUCAGUGUCUGGACGUACCUUCAUUAUGCUCUAGUGAAUCCCUCAGUAUGCAGAGAAACCUCUGCUGCUUUGAUGCUCUGUCUCACCCCUGUCUGCCUGUACGGAUGCAGGUGUUCUUAUUAACAUACAGACUGGCUGCCAAAACACAGCAAUGAUCUUCACACACACACACAGAGACUCCUACUGUGCUAGUACAGUCUUGCUCCGAGUACAUUUCCAUGCCUUUUCCCCCCUCAUUGGAAUCUUUCUCUCUCUCUCUCUCUCUCUCUCUCUCUCUCACACUCUCUCUCUCUUUCCCUCUCCAGGAGAAGCAUUGUCAACAGAAGUACAACGUGUCCUGCAUCAUGAUUCUUCCCCAGUACCAGCGCAAGGGCUACGGUCGCUUCCUCAUCGACUUCAGUAAGGAGCUCCUCUCAGGCUCAGCUUUACCUCCGCUUCCCAGACCUCUUUGAUGCUGUGCUGGUGGCUCUAAGCUGCUGUAGGGUUUUGGAUCAAUGCCAACAGAAUAGCAGUCAAUCCCAUUGAAUUGAACUAGCAAUGCGUUGGGAUCUGAUUCAAAGUGGCUGUAAUGUAUAAUGUCCGGUCCAAUUCCUUGUUGAGUUGAAGAACUGAAACUGCAUUGACCCCUUCCUACUCUGCUUAGCUGUUUGAAUUGGAUGCUUUAGAAGGUGGAGGUUAUUUUGAGGGAGCUGAACCACUAACAUGUAGUAGUAGAACAGGUUGUGGUAGAAAUAGUAGCAUUUAUUUAUAAUGCACAGUCCUGACUGAAUUGUGUACACCAACAGUCAUAGGCUAAAUUGCCCACCAAUGUAAAUGCACCUUGUAUAUCCUACCGAUUUACAAUUGACCUUGUUCUCACCCCGCUCCCCUCUCUCUCCCUUCCCUUCCAGGCUACCUGCUGUCCAAGCAGGAGGGCCAGCCUGGCUCCCCAGAGAAGCCCCUGUCAGACCUGGGUCGUCUGUCCUACAUGGCCUACUGGCGCAGUGUGGUGCUGGAGUGUCUCCAUGAGGUCCGCGACCGCCAGCUCACCAUCCGACGCCUCAGCAAGAUCACUGGCAUUUGCCCCCAGGACAUCACCGCCACGCUGCACCACCUCAACAUGCUGGAGCAGAGAGAGGAGCGGUGAGACAUGCACACACAGAGGCAUAAUCAGGAUGACAACACAAAUUCAACGAUGCAGAAAUUAGCAACAGCAUGCUGACUACAAGGCCAUUGAAAGCUGAUGAAACGAUUCUACAGCAUAGAACAUGUCUGUUUGGCAGCCGUCAUUUGUUCAGAGUAGUUCUUCCCUCCCUGUAGGGAUAACUGAACUGUCUGAACACCACACUCUGACCUUCUCUGUCCCCCUGUCCUGUAGGCUAGUCCUGGUGCGUAAGGAGAUGCUGGUUUCCACCCACAUGGCUCGUCUCACCGCGAGGCCCCGGCUGCUAGAGGUGGACCCGGACUGUCUCCGCUGGACCCCCGUCAUCGUCACCAACACCGUGGUGUCGGAGGAGGAGGAGGAGGAGGAGGAGGAGGGAGAGGACACCUGCAAGAAGGUGCAGACAAUGAUGCUUCAGUUUAUUUUAGAUUUCAGAAGAAAGACAUAACAAUGACUUGAAUGGAUUAGUGGUAAAUGGAGUAAUUUUUUUUUACAGAUCAAGCCUAGCCACAAGGUGUCUCCACUCUCCUGGCUCGUCCGAGGAGAAGAGGGGGAAGAGGAGGAGGAGGAGGAGGAGAUGAUGAUAAAGUGCUUCCCGGGGUUCCCAACCAGCCAAAGCUCUCCGGCCUCCUCCCCAGUCCACUGCCCCCCGCCCGUCCCCGAACACCGGUCCCCUCCCCCCGCCAACGGAGAGCGCAGGGGCAGGGGCCGCCCGCCGAAGAACUGGCCCUGGGGCAAGGUGAAGGACAGGCCACGGGCCGAGAGGAGGCUGGGACCAGGACGACCUCCAAAGAUACGGGUGGAGGUGCAGGAUGAGGACAGGGCUGAGGGCACUAAAGUCAGCCCCACCUCCGGCAGCAGCCCACCCUCCCUCUUCUCUUUAGACAGACAGCUGGCUGAGUCUACAGGCACCUUCAGGCCCCUAGAGAUGCUUGGCAGGCACGCCACUGUCACACCCCCACGCAGCAGAGGGCGCCCUCCCAGGAAGAAGAAGGGCCCCAAGCGCAGGCUGAGUGAGGGUCCCGGGGAAGCCUUGCCCCAGCUGCCCCUGGCGCCCAGACUCAGCGACCCGCCUCCAGUCAGACGGAGCUGCUUCAGUGAAAGCAGCGAGGAAGAGGAGGAGGAUGAUGAUGACGAGGAGAGGGGGGCUCACUCACCACCCAUCCUCACAAAGCCCACCCUAGGGCUCAAAUGCAAGGUGAGAGGAAAGGAUAAGGAUCUUCUUUUUUUUUCUUACCACUUACUGCUUGUUUACAAAAUGUGUCUGCAUUAUAUUUCAAUAGCUUUUCCCAUAUCUCCCCAGAAGCCGUUGAGGAAGAGGCGCAUGCGUCAGCGCAGCCAUAGCCACGCUCACAGCAGCGUGGUGACAGAAACCAUCUCUGAAACCACCGAGGUGCUGGACGAGCCCUUCGUAGACUCUGACUCUGAGAGGCCCAUGCCCCGGCUGGAGGAGGAGAGCCCCCUGGGACACCCCCUGAGGUGCUACCCCCCGGCCCGCUCCGUCCUACGACACACAGAGACACCGCCCAAGAGAGCCCAACGAGCCAACCUCACAGAGUCAGAGGAGGAUGGUGAGGCCACAGGAGUCCUUAGGGCUAACAGAGCAGUUAUUUAUAUACCAAGGUUUUGGUGUAUAGUAAAUGUUGGAGCAGAGCUGUAUGUUCGCUAGGCGUUGAUAUACAGUACUUGCUUGAGUAGAUAUGCAUGUGUAACAAUGGAUUUCUCUCCCCUUCUCUGUUCUUGUACAGAACCCACUCCUGUUCUGAAGCCAGCGUCCUUCCUACGGAACCCAGAGCCCACGGCCUCAGCAGAGAGCCCGGCGGCCAACACGGAGGCCCCCAUCAAGAAGAAGAAAGGCUGGCCCAAGGGCAAGCCCCGUAAGCCCAUGCACUGGAAGAAACGGCCGGGCGGAGCCAAGCAGAACGCAGGGGACACCAGUCUGACCAACUCAGGGGACCCUCCACCCCCCAAGAUCAAGAUGAAGCCAGGCCGCAAGCCCCAGAGCUGGUACCUACAGCGGGCCCAGGAGGAGGCCAAGAGGCAGGAGGCAGAGAGACAGAGGCUGGGUCUGGGAGGGGGGCAGCAGCUAGACAAGCCCCCCCAGCAGCUAGAGGACCGAGCAUGCAAGAGGGCCUCCAGAGCCGCAGCUACCGACAACGACAAACGCAAAGACUCUGAUGAAGAGGAUGACUACCUCCCCAAGCCCGUGGAGCAGAGAAUCCCCAAGAGGCGGGGGAGACCUCCCAAAAACCCAGCCUUGCUACAACAACCCGUCCCAAAGCAGCCCACUGUCUCAGAGCCAGAAGAGGAGGAGGAGACAGAGAGGGGCUGGGUAGAGGACAAGCCCAGCCGCCAACCGUCCCGUUCCCUGCUCUCUCCGUCCUCUACCGGAGGCCCCAGGGCCCCCCAGCCCAGUAGGCCAGACACGGACAGAGUCAUGGCUGACAGGGAUGAGGAAGACGAGGAGAGGGAGGAUGAAGAGUGUGCCAUCCUGGACACCAGCAGUAGAAGGACGGCGGCCACGCCAGGCUCGGGCAGCAGACGCAGCGACGACCACGAUGCAGACGAUGAAGGAGACGGACACCUGGAGGACAAGAGUAACAGUAGCUGCAAAAAGAAGAAGAGCCAGGACUCAGAGGAGGAGGAGGAGGAUGAAGACGACGAGGAAGAACCUGCCUCCCCCACCUGCUCUCCACCUGUCAAAGAGGAACCCCAGGGCGGGGAAGGUUUUUUAGACAUGCAGGGCAGUGUGCAGGCCAGAGACUCCUACGUCAGCAAGCAGGAGGAGGACGAAGAGGCGGAGGAGCUGCAGGAGGUGAAGUGCCGGCCUCUGGACGCGGCACAGGACGAGAGAAGGCGGCGGGAGGCAGAGGAGUCAGCAGCAGCGGCCGCGGCGGUGGAGACGGUGACAGCCAUCUCAGUCCCAUCUGAGCCCCUGGAGCUGCAGCUGCUGCACCCCGAGGACAAGGCUGUCACGCUGCUGAUGGAGCCCCAGCACCCACACCCUCAACCCAACCUGCACCCCGACUCCUUCAAGGAGGAGCUGAGCCACCACCACGGGUCCCACCACGGUCAGCAUCACCACAGCAACGAGCUGGACCUGGAGACGGUGCAGGCGGUCCAGUCUCUGACCCAGGGAGAGGUCCAGGACGAGGAGCCAGAGAGCCACGGGGUCUCCCACGGAGCCUACCAGGACUGUGAAGAGACGCUGGCUGCCUGCCGCACCCUGCAGAGCUACAGCCACGCCGGGGAAGCAGAGGAGGAGGCUACACACCUGGCCCUGGUGGAGGAGUGUGGAGCCUCCCAACACAGCAGCCCCCUGCCCCACACCAACCCCCCCAUGCCCCCGUUACCCAGCCAGUCAGUCCAUUCCAUCAACAGCCCAGCAGGCAUGAUGGAGUCUGGGCUGGGGCAGCAAAGAGGGGGCACACCAGGCCCUACUGGGGGAACAGGGGCAACGGGAGGAGGAGGAGGAGGGGGGUACACCCAGAUUACUCCUGAGCACCCCAGUUCCUUGUCGGCCCCGUCCCAGCAGAACAUGGAGACCAGUCCCAUGAUGGACGUUCCGUCGGUGUCGGACCACUCCCAGCAGGUGGUGGACAGUGGCUUCAGCGACCUGGGCAGCAUCGAGAGCACCACAGAGAACUACGACAAUCCCAGCAGCUACGACUCCACCAUGGGUGGCGGGGGCAACGGGGGAGGGAACAAUGGCGGUAACCAUGCAGUGGUGACUGCGGCCGCCUCUUCCUCGUCGUCGACGGGCUCCUCCUCUUCCUCCAGCUCGGCCACACCCUCCUCACAGGGCAACAGCUGCUCUUUCAUCCCUGCGCCCGGCCUCACGUCUUCCAGCGGCACAGUGACAUCACAACUCGCCAUGGGCAGCUGCAGUCUCAUCCAACAAACUGGACCAGGGCCCAAUAACGGGCCGGGUGGCAACAACAGCGUUCCCCCACCGCCACCCCGUCCCCCGUCUGCCAACAACCACCAAGGCAUCAAGUCCCCUCAGAGCUGUGUGAUCGAGAGGUCGCCCAGCGCCAGCCAGCAGUCCCAGAAAAAGGUGCAGCAUCAGCCCCCUCAGCAGCAGCAGCAGGCUCCCCACCCCCUGCCCUCGGCCCCUCCAACCCCCCACCCGUCCCAGCAGCAGCAACCUCUGUCCCAGUGCAGUAUGGGGAAUGGCUUUGGCUCCACGCCUAUGAUCAUGGAGAUCCCUGAGAGUGCCUCCCAGGGAGGGGGCCGCAGCCUGUACGAGCGGAUGGGCCAGGACUUUGGUGCAGGGGGUUACCCCCAGCCCUCGGCCACGUUCAGCCUGGCUAAGCUGCAGCAGCUCACCAACACCAUCAUGGACCCCCACGCCAUGCCCUACUCUCACUCGGCCUCCGUCACAUCCUACGCCACCAGUGUUUCUCUGUCUAACCCCGGUCUGGCCCAGCUCUCCCCCUCCCCACACCCUCCCUUAGCCCAGGGCCAGGCCACCAUGACCCCACCUCCCCAACUGAGCUCUGGCUCCAUGAACCUGGGCUCGCUGCAGUGCAACAUGCCCACCAGCAACAUCGGCCUUCCUCCCCCGCCCCACACCCAGCGGCUGCAGGGCCAGAUGGCCACAGUGAAGGGCCACAUCUCCAUCCGCUCCAAGGCCCAGCUGGCCCCCGCUCCCUCCCCGCACCAGCAGCAGUUGUACAGCCGCAGCUCUGGGGCCGUGGCCAUGCAAGGCUCGCCCCGCACCCUGGCCGUACAGCGUGGCAUGAUGCCCAACCUCAUGCCCACGCCAGCCAGCUACAACACCAUGAACAUGAACCAGCUCAACGCCAUGUCGGCCGGCUACCGCAUGCCACAGCCCAUGAUGAACAGCGGUUACCACGGGAACCCCCCUUACAUGAACCAGCCCGCCCAGUACCCCAUGCAGAUGCAGAUGGGCAUGAUGGGGGGACAGGGGUACCCACAGCAGCCUAUGCAGCCCAAUCACCACGGCAACAUGAUGUACACGGGCCCCACCCACCACAGCUACGCCGGCGUCCCCAAACAGUCGCCUUACAUGAGCAGA